UCUUCUUCCUCCAUUCUAGAGUUUUUUGGCCACAAUUCCCCACCACGCUACCCACCUCUUUCUCUCCUUCUUCCACCUUCCCUCUCCAUCGGUGCUGCCCACCUCUCCCUCUCCUUCUUCCGCCUCCCUCGCCAUCAACGUUCCCCACCUCUCCCCCUCCUUCCACCUUAAGCUGCCAGCACUCCCACAAGCGGGCGGAGCUGCGAGUACCGUCCAACGGUAACUGCUGCGAAGGUUCAACACCGGUGCUACGACGGGGUAUCGACCGGUGUUGUGGACAGGAGAAGCCACUGGCGCUGUGGAUAGGAGAGCCCACCGGUGGUUCGACUUCCACGACGCCCAUUUGCUGGAAGAGGCUCAUGGUGGUGCUGGAACUGGCUCAUGGCCGUGCUGCAUUGCUUGCGAGCCGAGCUAGGAACAUGGCGAUGCCGGAAGCGAAGAUUAUUUUUGCUGCACAUGACGGGCAAGUUGACAACGGUGACGAACCGGAGAUGAGGGAACGCCAGGGGAUGCUGCAAACCAUGGUGACUGCGUGCUGGAACCUGUCCAUGUUCGAGCUACAGGCUGCAGCCAUGGUGAGCGGAGGCAGUCAUGGCGAGUGGAGGCACGAGCGGCCGACGAGCACGUGUGGCGGGCGUGGUGGCACAGGUGGCAAGAAAGCAUGGGAAGCCGACUACAAGCGCGGGUGGCCGGCGAGCGAGCAGGUGGCCGACAAGCAUGCGAGAUCCGGCGUGUGCGCACGACUGUCUUUUUCCUUUUUUUUCUCUUCAUGCGGGUUUGAUUUUUUAAGAGAAAGCAAUCAGACGGUCACAAAAGGUUGUAUCGGACGCUUGGCAGCCGACCGGCCCAAAUUUAGGCCGGCGCGCCGGCGCCUAGCGCUCGUCUAAUAAAAAACCCAAAAAGAGAAUGUGUUAAUACAAGUAGUUUUCCAUC